GCUGUUUACUAGGUCGCUUAGAUCAUCCGGACAGCAGAGAGGGAGGGAGGGAGCGACGCGCUUCCUCAGUCUCAGGCUCGCGCAGAAACCUGGAGCACGAGCCUCCAGGUGGCCUCUAGGCCUCUACUGCUCCCCGCAGUCCUCUGCCUGCCUGCUGUUCCUGCGAACUACCUUCGCCUUCGCCUCGAGCCAUGGCCUCCCGCAGCGCGGGCACCCUGCUUACCGGCAACAAUGCCACCUACGUGCCCGCCCAGCCUCAUGCCUGGGUAUCAGGGUCAUGUUCCAAAUGUGGCCUUCUCCUUUGGGGACACCUAUGGCAAUGCCACCCAUAAGUAUUUCCAAGAUUGCCGAAAUUCAGCCACGGAUACUAGCUAUAGUUCCUAUAGGAGAGGUGGCCAGUUCCCAACACUUUUCUCUCGAAAUCCCAACCUGGCGCUGGGUUAUUGCUCCCAUGCCUGGGACCGCUGGCUGCAUACACCCACCUACACGCGCUAUAACCUUGACUGCAACAGAUCUGCAGAGCUCAAGCAAUUCUACCAGCUGGUACAGAUGCACCGAGAACAUUACCGAGACAAGACGAGCACCGUGAACCGAGUCCCUUACUUUGUGCUGCCUGUGAAGGAGAAGGAUCGUUAUCCUCUGCCUACUGAUCUGAGCAGCACUCAGAACCCGGAAAUGGUCCAGAAUUUAAACUAAUCUCCAAGGCCUUAAAGAGACCACCGCUGUCCCUGAAAAAAAAGUGGCACCUGUUUAGAAUGGCCCCUGAGAACCUGAAGACAUACCAAACAUUCCCCUCUGGGGAAAGGGUCUCCGCAAAAGAUAGAAAUGUGAGAGAUUCUUACUUUGAGUACAGAGCUUGAGGCCAGCUAACUGAAGUAAGCGGGAUCUUGGUGCCAGGGACCUGGAUAGUCUGGUUCAUAAUAAAAUGUUUAUAAUAGUU